CGUGCAGCUACCGCGAGCGCGUCGGAUUUGAGUUGUCCAUAGCAACGCCAAAAACAUUCGCUCUUCCAUGCGUCACUUCCGGCUUGGUUUCUAUUCGAACUGUGUUUUGUUUAGCUACAGACCGGCAAUCUAAUCUUUGCUCCUGUACUGAAUAUUUAUAUUUCAGGAAGACGUUAUACGCGCAGUGCCAUGUGGGCGAUAAGCAGCCUGGUCCCAGCCCGAUUCCUCACCCUUAUUGCCCAUCUGGUCAUAGUCAUCACCAUAUUCUGGUCAAGGGAGAACAAUGUGAAAGCUUGUCUGCCACUGACUUAUACAGUUGAAGAAUAUAAUAUAGAGGAUAUAAGUCUGGUGGUGGCCUUAUCCGUGACCCUGGGUCUGUUUGCUAUAGAACUUGCUGGGUUUUUCUCCGGAGCCUCCAUGUUCAACAACAACCAAGGACUUUUAUCUACAGCGUGUCAUGCAAGUGGCUCUGUUGCACUGCUUUUCUUUCUGUUUGAGGAGUGGACUUGCAGCAUCUACUGGUGGAUCUUUGGCUUCUGCAGUGUAAUCCCAGCCUUGUAUGAGAUGAUCCUGCUUAUUGCUGUUUUUGGUCUGAAGAAGAAGCCACUAUGAAUGCAUCAGUGCUAAAAAAAAAUCUCCUUCAUGGGAUAAGUGAAAAAUAUGUUGCCAAGCAACAGGGUUAUCUGUGGUCUAUAUAAAAUUAGAAUAUGAAUAAUUUCUUCUUCUUCUUUUUCUUCUUCUUAUUAUUAUGAUAAUGAUGAUGAUUAUUAUUAGAUUCAGAGUUCUAGUUCUGAUCGAAUGAUUAUCACACUAAGUGGAAGUUGACUGGUGAGAAUUUUGUACCUUGUGCUUUAUGUGUUGCAUCAAUAAUGUGUACUGUUUUUUAUACAUUUUGUAAUAAAAUAUUUUUAUUAGCAGAAA